AUGAGGCGAGAGGAGCAGUUGGCCCGCAGCAGAGGCCUGGCCCACACUGACCAGCUGGACCGCCCCUCCCUCCAAUAUGGCUGGACCCGGACCGCGUGCGAGUCCGUAUGUGAUCCGCUGUUUGAACUGGACUCACCAGCUCCGGCUCUGGAGGCCCAUUCACAAACACAAACUGGGGCAGACAGAGGAAGAGCCAUGGAUGAACGAACGUGGCGCCGGUCCCAGGAUUCGCUGUCGCCGUCAGGAAAAGGUCCCACUGCGGAUUAA